AUCCGCGCCUAAAAAAUAAUAAAUAUAGCCUCAAAAAUUUGCGCAUGAACAACAUUGCGCCCAACUGCUCAUAAAUACAAAGCAUCUCCCAUUGUUUGUAUACAAUGUUAUGUGAAGAAAAUUUAGUUUAUUCUAAAUGAAAUGAAGAUAUAGUUGCAAAUUGAACCAUUAGAAAAUGUUGCACGAAAUCUUGCUGUCUCUGUGGGGCUGCUCAACCAGCGUUGCUGAAAUUAUUGAAACAGACCCCUUGCGACUGGAUAACUAUCUUCAUCCUGGAGAAAGAGUUCUCAUUAACAAGAUAUUGGAAAUUGUAAAAGAGUAUAACACCAUAAAAAAAUUUAUAAAAAAAAAUAGCACUAUAGAUGACACACAUUCAGUAAGUAAGGGACUGUAUCUGGCAGCACUGUGCGAUGGAAUGGAUAAAGCAUUAGAGCCGUUUAGGGAGGAUAUUGUCGAUAUGGAAAGAAUAGUUUUAAAUGAUGGUUACACUCCAGUAUCUAUGAUUCUCUGUAGGGUACAAAAUUACAUAUCUCUGUUCUCAGUUCUCAAUGGAAUAAUUAGAGAAAUCGAAACACAAAAUUUGCAUGGUUGCAAAAUAUUACAAUGCCUACAUCAUUAUGUUCAUACUGGCAUCCCUCAAGUGAAACAAGCACUAGAAAAAAUGACCCAUUGUGUGCAUGUUAUCUUUUAUAAGCACUUAACUAGUUGGCUUGUGUAUGGACAUUUAGAAGAUGUGCACAAAGAAUUUUUUAUACAAAAAACUGAUAAAACAAAUGAUAUGAUCAUGAGUGAAGAGAAAGAUAAGGAUGUUGAUAAAGACAAAGUUGAUGCUGAUGUAGAAAAAGAUGGAAAAGAAUUUUCCAACGAAAUGUGGGAUUAUGAUAUUAACAUGGAAGUGCUGCCUUACUACAUUAGAUAUUCGCUAGCCUGUAAAAUAUUGACCAUUGGUCAAACGAUAAUUAUGUUUGGUAAUGAUCCACGCCAGAGAAAAGAUUUGAAAAUGAUGACAAAAAAUGCGGAAAAUUUGAUAUGGGGUGAAAAAGAGUACGAGUAUUUUAAAAAACUGAGAAGUUUGCAGGCCAAGCCAACGUUUGCACUCAUUGAGUUCGAACGAACCGUAGACGAACUGAAACGGUGCGUAACGCAGCAUCUGUGGCACGUCGCGGUUGAAGAGGCACAGCUCGUCAAUCGUCUAAAGCUCAUUAAAGAUUUUUAUUUAAUGGGACGUGGCGACAUGUUUCUCGAAUUCAUUAGACUAGCAUCGCAUAUUCUUGACAAAACUCCAACUAGUCAUACGUCGCGGGAUAUAAAUUUAGCCUUUCAAAUGGCAAUAAGAAAAACUCAAUCCACGGAUGAAACUGCCUUGGAAAGUUUCAAUUUUGCUGUUCCUGUUCUUUCGCCCAGCAAAGAUGAAGCUACUGCAGAAAUAAAAGAACAGAGUACUGCUGGCAGUACCGAAUUUUCAGAAAAAGAGAGAGAAGAUCCUAUAGAUAAAAAGGGCUGGGGUCUUAUUAUUUUAAAAUACAAAGUAACAUGGCCACUUCACUUGCUGUUUAAUCCAAAAACUCUUGGAAAUUACAAUACAUUAUUCAGAUUUUUACUGCGAGUGAAGAAAACUCAAAUUAAUUUAUGGAAUCUCUGGAGAGACCAUAUGAAUUCUAAAAACAUAGAUAUUGAUGUAAUACAACUUCGCAAUAAUCUUAUUUUCAUUGUUGACAACUUGCAGUAUUACCUUCAGGUUGAUGUUAUAGAAAGUCAGUAUGCAAUAAUGGAAAACACUCUGAAAAAUACACGAAAUUUCGAAGAUGUGCAAAAAGCUCAUGUGAUAUUUUUGGCAAACAUUAUGUCUCGAACAUUUUUAAUAAGUGGAGAAAGACAAGAUAAGAGAAGUCCGGUGAGCAAAUUAAUAAGACUAUUAUUACGUCUUUGUGACGAUUUCAUUAGGAAUGCUUCUGUUUGGGAAAUAGAAAAUUUGCUUGAAACUGAAAAAAUAGAAUUGAAGUCGUUAAACGAUGUAUUGGACGGUUUAAUGAGUUGGCUAACAAAAACAUUAAACAGAGUCCGUUCUCAGCCCAGUGGAGAGCAUUUGGCACAAUUAUUGUUAAGGCUUGAUUUCAAUAGGUGGUUUAGCAGUAAAAAGUUAUAAAUGCAAUGUAAUGCAUCAUGUAAAAUAUAUUUACUUAAUUUUAAUAAUAAAUAAAUACUCUAUUUAUAAAAUACCA